AUGAGAUUCUCGUUGAUCUCCGCCCUGACGGUGGCUUUGGCCGCCAACAAUGCCAUCGCCAGCUCGUGGUUUGGCAAAGCCGCAUACAACAACUGGCACGAGACCGAGCUGGAGCGUUGGCUGUCAGAUCACGACGUUCCCUACCCCACACCUGCCGACCGCAAGGAUCUGGAGAACCUUGUCAAGGAGAACUGGAACACCAAAAUGAAGAAAUACUGGUAUGAGACUGAGGAUCAAGCAUCCGACUCGUACCACAGCGUCAAGGAUUGGAUCUUCGACAGCUGGACUGAGUCGCAGCUCAAGGCAUUCUUGGACUACCAUGGCAUUCCCAACCCGCAACCCCGCAACCGCGACUCCCUUCUCAAGACCGCUCGCGAGAACUACCAGUCUGCUGCCAACAAGAUUGGCGAGACUGCUGCCUACCCAGGUGACUGGCUCUACGAGUCCUGGUCGGACUCUGACCUCAAGUCUUGGCUCGAUGAGCGCGGCUACCCAGCUCCUCAGACCAGCAGCCGCGAUAAGCUCAUCGCCGCCGUCCGCCGCAACGCCCGCUACGCCGGCCAGAGCAUGCGUAAUGGAGCCUUGUCCGUCUCUUCCGCCGCCUCCUCUGCCACGCAGAGCCUGAGCGAUGAUCUGCUUAACUCCUGGAGCGACAGCCAGAUUAAGGAGUGGGCCGACAAGAACGGCAUCAAGGUCCCCCAAGGCUCCAAGCGCAACGAGCUCCUCGCCCUCGCCCGCAAGCACCGCAACAACCUCUCUGCCUCCGGUACCAGUGUCGCUUCUUCCGCUUCCAGCAUGUACGGCGCUGCCACCUCCUCUGCCGGCAACAUGGGCGCCCAGGCCACCAGUACCGCCGCCGGCUUGGCUCAGCAGGUCACCGACUACAUCAAGAACAUGAUCGGCAUGGGUUCCGCCAGUGCCACCAGCGCCGCCAGCCGGGCCACCGGCGGUGUGGGCGCUUCUGUCAAGAGCGCUACCAGCGUUGUGGGCGCCUCGGCCUCCAGCGCUGCCGAACGUGCCAAGGCUAGCGCAAGCUCUGCAUCUGCUGCCGGUUCCUCGAGCAUCAGCUCGGGUGGUUCUGCUGCUUCGGCUAGCGCCAGCUCUGCUGCUUCUGCUGCGUCUGCGAGUGCGAGCUCUGCCAAGUCGGCCGCCUCCAAGAGCGCCUCGAGCGCUUCGGCUUCCGUCAAGGGCGAGUUGUAA